CACUAGUGAGUUCCGUGUUUGACUUCUACUGCACUAGUAAGGCAUGUAGUGAAAACAGCAGUGGAAGGUUGCAUCUCCAGGAUAUUAAUAUUUUGUAAUUUUUUUUACAACACUGUGAAGUUGGACGCCUGUUUUGAUAGCAUCACUGUAUUUCUUUAAACAGAUCAUGGAUGACUCUUCAGCAACUGGAGUUCUUCAUCCCUAUUGGCCACGGGACCUUUUGAUUCCCACCUAUGUUGCCAAUGACCGAUCGAUGUCAGAGAUUCUGGUGUUUCUCUUCUCUGUGUCUGGGGUGUUUCUGCUUGUGACCUGGCUGAUCACUGGCCGGAAAGGGGCCACUGGCAGGCUGGGGACGUGGAGGCGUCUGGCUGUGUGCUGGUUUGCUGUCUGUGGUUUCAUCCAUGGCGUCAUUGAGGGCUGGUUUUCACUAUAUUAUGAUAUUAUUCCAGGAGACCAGAGCUUCCUGUCACAGCUGUGGAAAGAGUACUCCAAAGGAGACAGUCGAUAUGUGAUAGCUGAUAACUUUACUGUCUGUAUGGAGACCGUGACUGCUUGGUUAUGGGGACCAUUCAGCUUUUGGGCUGUGUUUGCCUUCUUGACUAACAAGCCCUACAGAUUUGUUCUGCAGCUCAUCAUUUCAUUAGGUCAGCUGUAUGGAGCGGUGCUUUACUUCUUCACAGAGCACAGAGAUGGCUACACUCACAGUGAGUUGGGACAUCCAGUCUACUUCUGGUUCUACUUUGUGUUCAUGAAUGUGCUUUGGAUCGUCAUACCGCUGGUGCUCAUUGUGGAUGCAUGGAGACAGAUGUCAGCAGCCCAGACACACACAGACAACACAAAGUCACACAAGUCUAAGAGGAACUGAGCAGCAACAGGCAGAACGGACUGUGGGACUGUGGGGCACUGACUACAAGAGAUACUAAGGGAAAGACAAUUGGGGAAAGUAUACACUUUGUAUUGAUAAUAAAACAAAAUGAGCCAAAAGAAAUGUUUACUUUUUUGGAUUGGACGUGCCUCAUUUAAGGUUUGUCAUGCUGUACCUGUUGCACUGCAUUUUAAAUUUGAAUACCAAUAACUGUCGGCAAACUAAGAAACUCAUUUUAAAGUGCAACUUCUUCCAUGUGCAUAUGAUAAUGAAGCUUUGAAUUUUGUGCUGGCUUGGUGGAGCCUCAGGUAGAGAGCAAAAUAAAUAAUUUUUAUCCUCAA